AUGCCAGACGACGGCCGUCAGGCCUCGACCGCUUCAUCCUCAGCUCGGCCCGGACUCGCCGCAAGCUCCGGCAUCAGCCUCGGCCACGGUGUCGGAAACGCCAGCAACGCUCCUCCUGGACACUCCAUCCGCCGUGUCAAAACUCUAGACGAGCCUUCGAUGCGAUUUGGCUCCAUGUCGCGGCACUUUUCUUCAGAUUCCUCCUCCGAGGCGCCUCCGCGCAGGAGCUCCAACUUUUCGGAUUACAGCCUAAAUGAGGCACGCGACAUCCUCAACCCCCGGCCGCACGCUCACGGCGAGGUAUCCCAUCACGAUUCAUCGCCGUUAGCAUCUCUGUCGCUGGCCUUUGCAUUAUUGCCCGCCAUCGCCGGCGUUCUAUUUCAGAAUGGCACCUCCGUCGUCACCGACAUUAUGCUCUUGGGCCUCGCCGCCAUCUUCCUUCAUUGGUCGGUGACGCAGCCUUGGCAAUGGUAUCAUGCCGCGCAGGAAGCCAAGGCUCCGAGUACUAGCACACCCUUGGACGACGUCCCUGAAGAGCGAGAGGGAGAUAAAGCAGAUAAUUUCAACUCAGAAAAGAGAGAGACAAGAGAGAAGGUGGUAACAGAACAGCAACAGGCCGCUCUCAAGGAGCUAUAUCGCCACGAAGGUCUUGCUCUCGCAUCAUGCUUCGUAUUACCGAUGCUUAGCGCAUACCUCCUACAUUAUAUCAGAGGGCAGCUGAGCCGACCAUCUGAGGGGCUCGUUUCCAACUUCAACUUGACGAUUUUCCUCAUGGCAGCUGAGCUGCGUGUAUUGUCACAUAUAAUCACGCUGGUCCAGUCUCGGACGCUGCACCUUCAGAAAAUAGUGCAAGAAAGUCCGUUUGGUCAACGAGUUGGCACCGAAACGCUACUUGAGGAGAUGCUCAGAAGGUUAGAAAGGCUUGAGACUCUUUCAACGUCUCAAGGCAACGUGAUCGCUGGGCACGGAGAGUCCCUGGGUACGACCACAGCGACGGUUAGUCGAGACGUCAGGAAUGCUAUCCAGCCAGAACUGGAUGCUCUGAAUCGAGCCGUAAGGCGAUAUGAGAAGAAGGCAACGCUCCUGCAGCUACAAACAGAGGCUAGGUUCUCUCAAAUGCACGCAAAGCUGGAGGACGCCAUAUCCUUGGCGGCAGCGGCAGCAAAGCAAUCGAAUCAACGAAGCAAUUGGCUCCCGUGGGCAUGGAAAUUGAUCGUGACGGCAGCGACGUUUCCUUUCAAGGUUUUCCUGGAGAUACUCGCCCUGCCGUUGAAGCCCAUAGUUGCAUUUGCAAACAGAAAUAAACAGCCAUCUGCCAACCUUCGGGCACCGCGGAGCAAGCCGGGGAAGCCACCAGUGUCGGUAAAAUAUAACGGCGAUCGAGUGCCGCCGAGAAUAAUCAAGAGAUGA